AUGCCAGCUCUUACUCCUGAGCAAGUUGCCUUCUACAAAGCGCAUUCUGGCGAUGAUUUGCGACCUAAUGAGACCGCCUCUCUCGUAUGUGGGCUCCUAGCGGCCAUCGUCGCCAUCGGCGCUCGUAUCACGGCUCGGCGCAUCUCGAGGGUCCAACUUGGCCCAGAAGAUUGGACCAUAUUUGCAGCGAUGGUUCGAGAUUUGCACUUGCUGAGGCGUGAAGCAUUCGAGAUAUUGACUUUUCUGCAGUUGGGCGAAAUUACAUACGCCGUUAUAUUCGCAAAAGCAAUAAAUAAUGGCCAAGGGAGACACAUCAUUUUCAUCAAGGACCUAGUGUCAUUCAGCAAGGGAUAUGUUGCUGCCAUAGUCAGCUACUCAUAUACCGUCAUGGUGACGAAGAUUUCGAUACUAAUAUUCUAUCGUCGACUCUUUCGAUCUCGGUGGCUUAUGGCUUGCUCAUGGAUUAUUGGCAUUAUAGUUGUGAUGUAUAAUCUGGCUGUCAUUCUUAUCGCCGGUCUUCAGUGUAUUCCACUGUCAGAUCUUUGGACGGGUGGCUUGUCGUGUAUAAACACAGAGCCCCCCUUCACCGGACUAGCUAUCGUCAAUAUAUUCACUGAUGUGGCCAUACUAACUUUGCCUGUGAAGCCCGUUCUCAACCUUCACAUGCCAAAGACUCAAAAAGUGCAGGUCUUGGGGAUAUUCUUGCUGGGAGGCGUGGUUUGCGUCUUUGGUAUUAUUCGCGCCGUAGCAAUGACGCGACUGAGUCUCGUCGACCCCACUUGGACGGCGGUUGGUGCGGCUAUAUGGUCAUUUGUCGAAAUAUCCGUCGGCAUCGUUGCAGCAUGUUUGCCUUUGUUAGGGCCCCUCAUCCGAACGAAAAGCACUGCGAGUCCGAACUGGUCCGGCAAUGAUGGGCAGGCGCCAUCAGUAGAGUAUAGCGCGGCACGACCAAACAAGACCAAUUAUGUAAGGCAGGACGAGAUACCACUGGUAACUGUGGCAGGACAUGACCGGUCGUCUCUUAUCCAGGGCGGUGUUCCCGUAUUGCCGUGGUCAUCGAAACAGUGCACAAAUCAGAUCCUGGUCCAGAACGACAUACAACAUACUGUAACUUUGGCAUAA